AGUAUGAAUUCAUGGCCGCAGGGCCAUGGCUUUGACAUAAGAGUGAAUGAAGGGUGAUCCCAUGUCUGGUGGUAACUGGAGGUAACAAUUUGUGGAACCCUAGGGGACUUCCCUGAAAAGAGGUGGUGUUGUGGUCCUACAUCCCAGGUCCAGAGCUUCGAUACCAUUUAUGUGCCCACCUGCCUAUUUUUGUUGAAGGCUGAUAUACUGAUCGUUAGGAUCUUGAUGCAAUAGUGAACUUCAGUGACCCAUGGACUUGAAAAUCUUCAUUGGCAUGGCGAAGGGAGAAGGGGGAGCAGGUGAUCGAUUAAGGCAGUGCUGAAAUUAGAAUCCUGGGGAAAAUGCUGAUCAUGGAACAAAUUGUCCUCAUCAUGGCAUGUUUGUGUUAACUUCAAAGCUCUUCUGGGAAUGUAGCUGUGUGAGAGGUAUGAUUUAAAGAAUUAAGUGCAGAGGGUGUGUAAACUGAUGGCAUCAGCACCCUGGGUUUGGGAUCAUAAGGGUGAAGGGUGAUGCCAUGGUUUUUGUGUUUUGGAGGGACAAUGUGUGGGACCACAGGAGUACUGCCUGGCAAGACGAGUGUCUACUCACUCAUACACUCACUAUGGCCAGAUUCUCUCCCUACUCUAUGUUUGUGACACCCACUGUGUUAACAAGAGGCAGUGUGGCCUACAUGCCAUGCCUAGAGCAAAGGUAUCAUCUAUCUGCCAUAUGUCUGUUGUGGGAAGACACACUAUGAAUGGGAAUAUAAGGAGAGAGUGACUGGUAUCAAGGUCUGGUAUCUUCUCUGAUGUGGGCAGUAGAGGGGUAGAUGUAUGUGGAAUGUAGUGGGUAUGACGAACAUAAAAUCCUAAGAUCAAAGCUGAUCAUGGAUUGAACUGUCCCCAUUAUGACAGGAUAUGAACUUUGAGGACGUGGUCAUUGCCUUCUCCCAGGAGGAGUUGGGGCUCCUUGAUGAGGCUCAAAGACGUCUGUACUACGAUGUGAUGCUGGAAGUGUUUGUACUUGUAGCAUCUGUGGAUUGUUGGCAUAAAACAGAAGAUGAGGAGGCCCCUUCUGAGCAGAGUGUGUCUAUAGCAAGAGAGUCACAGGUCAGGGCUUCUAAGGGAGUUCCAGCAACACAGAAGACCCAUCUUUGUGAGUGGAGCAUCUCAGUCUUGAAAGCUAUUUUGCACCUGAUUGACUUCCAAGCACCAUACCUUGAGCAGAAAGCAUUCUUCAGUGAUGCCUGUGUGAGAGACUUCUGUUCCAGAGCAAAUGUUCUCCAGCAACAGAGGGAUGCCAGUGGAGAGAAGCCCUGGAAAGUAGAUAUGGGCAGAGCCUCGUUUGUGACCAGGUGCAGCUAUGUGUCAUGGAUGACGUUCACCCUUAGGGAGAUUAAGGAGGACCUCCCGGCCAUUUCAGGCCAUUUACAGCACCAUGCCACUUUUAACAGUGCAGAGCCACACAGUGACAGUGAGGGUGGGCAGACUGUUUACUGUGGAAAAAGCCAUCAUGAGUGGUGUGAAUGUGAAAAAGCUGCUAGCCACAACCAGAAACUUGUGCACCGUCAGAGUGUCUACUGUGGAGAAGGGCUUUUUGCGUGUAGCAAAUGUGGAGAGGUCCUUAGACAAAACGUGAACCUCAUUGGACAAAGGAGACUUCACACUCAACGGAGGCCUUAUGAGUGUAGUGAUUGUCGCAAGUCCUUCAACCAAAGCUCUAGAUUCAUUCAACACAAGAGAAUUCACACUGGAGAAAACCCAUGUGAAUGCAGUGUUGGUGGCAAUUGCUUUAGUUACAGAUCUGUCUUCAUUCAACAUCAGAGAGUUCACUCUGGAGAAAAGCCUUAUGGGUGUAGUGAUUGUGGGAAAUCCUUCAGCCAAACCUCAAAGCUCACUGAACACUACAGAGGUCACACUGGUGAAAGGCCUUAUGAGUGUAGUGAGUGUGGGAAGUUUUUUAGACGAAAAGAUCACCUACUUAAACACAAGAGAGUUCACACUGGAGAAAAGCCUUAUGAGUGCAACGAAUGUGGGAAAACCUUUGGACAGAACUAUAACCUCCUUCAGCAUAGGAGAGUUCACACUGGAGAAAAGCCAUAUGAGUGUCGUGAUUGUGGGAAGUCCUUCAGCCAAAAUUCUAGCCUCACUGAACACCAGAGAUGUCACACUGGUGAAAAGCCAUAUGAGUGCAGUGUUUGUGGGAAAUGCUUUAGACAAUGCAGCAAUCUUAGUCAACACCGUCGAGUUCAUUCUGGAAAAAAUCCUUAUGAAUGUGGCAAAUGUGGGAAAUCCUAUAGCAGUACUUCUGGCCUCAUUCGUCACCAGAGAGUUCAUACUGGAGAAAAACCAUAUAAAUGUAGUGAUUGUGGUAAAUGCUUCAGCUAUAAAUAUAGACUCAUUCGACACCAGAGAAUUCACACUGGAGAAAAGCCGUAUGAGUGUAGUUAUUGCGGGAAGUCCUUUACACAAAGAUCUCAGCUCAUUAAACACCACAGAGGUCAUACUGGUGAAAGGCCUUAUGAGUGCAGUAACUGUGGGAAAUCUUUUAGACGCAAAGAUCACCUCCUUAAACAUGAGAGAGUUCACACUGGAGAAAAGCCUUAUGAGUGUAGUGAUUGUGGGAAGUCCUUCAUCACAAACUCUGUCCUCAUUGAACACCAGAGAUGUCACACUGGAGAAAAGCCGUAUGAGUGUAGUGAGUGUGGGAAGUUUUUUACACAGAGUUCUACCCUUUUCCGACACCAUAGAGUUCACACUGGAGAAAUGCCUUAUCAGUGCAGUGAUUGUGGGAAAUCCUUCAGGCAACGUUCCAACCUUAUUCAACACUCUAGAGUUCAUUCUAGAUAAAAGUAUGAGUGUGGUGAAUGUGGGAAAUCCUUUGGCCAUUCCUCUAGCCUCAUUCAACAGCAUAUAGUUGACACUGGAGAAAGACCUUACAAGUGUAGUGAAUGUGGGGAAUCUUUUAGCCUCAGUCUAACUAACCUCUUUAGACACUAGAUUGUUCACACUGCAGAAAAGCCUUAAAUGUGCUGGAAAUGUUUUACUUUUUCACUCAGUACAAGAACACUGAAGGAAACUCUGAGAACUAUUUAUUUUAAAUCUUUUUAGUGAAACAUACACUAUGCUAUAUUCCUGAUAAGUUUUAGGUACAAGUGACGCUUUAAUGAGCUACAUAGCACUUUCUAACCUUCUCAGAGAUAUUACUGGAUUGAUGUCACAUUUUGUGACUGAGGCCAUUUUACAUCUACCACCUGGCUGACCUACACAGUGUGCAUAAGUUAUAACCCCUGAGUGCUCAGGGAAGCUGACCUGUCUUUUACCUUUUGCUUGAGGAAAUUAUGAACACCCCAAGCUCUUGGCAGGAUCCUCAUUCUUUUGUCUCUAACCUGGGCAUACAUCUGACCCAUUGUUGGUCAAGAGGACCCAUCCUCAGCUAAGAGUGCUACCUCUUUCAGGGACAUUGUGGUCCUCACAUUAUGCUAUAAUGAAUUUUUGCAACUUCUCAUUCACCAACCUUGAAACUGUACUGUACACCAUUCUGAUUUAUGUUUUUGUGAAGGUCUUUUUUUCCUUUUUUUCCUUUAAUUUUGUUGCUUCUGUUCAUUGUGUGGGGUGACUUGAAAGCAGAAUUGUGAUCUGUCAGCAUGUAGAGCUGAACAGAUUUUGUUGGGUGCCCAAUUUCCUGUGCUCCACAAGAGAUGGUAGGAUGGCAAAAGAUUGCUCUUCGUUUAAUAUUGCCUUAUUUUACAUUGCUGCCCAAAACCUUCAAUGUAAGACUGCAGGACUCUCUGCUCCUAAUUUGCAGUCUCAUGGCAUGAUUAUUGGGGAGCUCAUAGGUCACCCUGGAGAGGAGGUCUUUGUUCGUCUGUAAACCAUAUGCAUUUUGUUGCCUUGUUCACAGUACAUAUUACAUAAUGCCCAGCAACAUUGAGGGAACCUACUUCCCAGGUACUGCAAAGGAGCCAUGUGACAUGUUAUACAAAAUUUCAUAGGCUAGUAUUUUUUUGUUGGAAGACUCAGGAUUAGGUAGAACCACAAUUAGGACAGAAACACUGUAUUAAUAGUGAGUGGAAAAAACUUCAGUAAAUUAGAUGGAUCGUCCGUCUUCUGAAAGACACCAUGGCUUGUGUGACUUGUGGUUACAGACAAUCUCAGGACCUUCACAACUAUUUUCUGUAGAUGAUGUUAUUGGUUGAGAAAAUAAUCUAACGGUUUUAUGAAUUCCCCUGGCAUCUCCAGGUUGUUGGCCUCAAAGUUAUUGCUCAACAGGCAAGAAAACAAAGCCAGAAAGAGGGAUGAUCUGUAGUUGUCCCCAGGAUGUGUCUUUUGUGAAGCAAUCAAUAUUCCUGUUGAUUCAGAUAGCAGUAGUCUAUAUUUGCCAAUAUUUGCUGCCACUAAGGCAAGGCUGCGCCUUUCAGGACACAAAAAGAGAGAUGGUAGAGUACAUAUAGGCUUGUCAACCUAAUUUUCUUAGAAAAGAGGGAUAUCUAGGUCUUUAUUUGUAACCGAUUUUUAAAGCUUUAUUCAGGUAUUUGUAUAAUUGAUAUGCAGCACAGUGCACUUAUCUAAUGUGUAGUAUUUGGUGAGCUUUGAUAUAUGAGAAAUAAACUAACCUGUCACUUGUAUACAAGGUGGGGUAAAAAUAGGCUUAUAUUUGUGAGAACAUGAAACAGUUUAUUCUUGUAUUUUUUAUUGUAUUAUUUUCCAUACAAACAACUGUAAAUGUACUUUUGCCCCACCCAGUAUUUACUGCUGCCCUUUUAUAACCUGUCUCCCUGCCUUCCCUAGCCUUCCAGGCAGUCAUUGAAUUAUCUUCCUUUACAAUAGAUUAGUUCAUAUUUUCUACAAUUUUAAGUUGGUUGGGCAUCGUCCUGUGCACCAAAAGGUUGCCAGUUUGAUUCUCAGUCAGGGUA